UUAAGUCGUCGAGUGACGUUUGAUGACCUAACCUCUACCAAAUACGUCGUUCCGUAUUAUUACAAAAUGCCAAGAAGUGAGCGUUCCAGGCACCGAUCCCGUUCGCCCCCUCACAAACACAAAUCAAAGCACCACAAAUACUCCUCCGAUUCCGAAGAAAGCGAAGACAAAUCGCGGAAGAACUAUUCCAAUAAACACAAAAGUGACCCCAGAGACAAAUCUUCCCGGAAGAAAAGUAAGAAGCACAGCCGCCAUGAGUCCGAUUCGGACUCGAACUCUAGUACUUCCUCCGACGAUUCGUUGGUUUUGUUGCAAAAACUCAAAGAGGAGAGACUCAAAGCGGUCGAAGAAAAGAAAAGAGAAAAAGAGUUGAUGAAAGCUAAUGAAACGCCGGAGGAGAAGCGGCUGAGGCGUCUGGCGAAAAAGCAAGCGAAGGAGAGACAAAGGAAGGAGCGAAUGGGGUGGGACAACGAAUAUUUGCACUACACUAAUACGGAUAAUCCGUUUGGAGAUGGCAAUUUGUUGUCGACGUUUGUUUGGACAAAAAAGCUGGCAAAGGAGGGACUCACGGGGGUGAGCCCUGAGGAACUGGAAACGCGCAAUAGAUACAAACAGGAAGAGAAUAAAAGAGAGUUGGAGAAAGUUAAAAAAAGGAGGAUUGAAAGAGAAGUGGAAAGACAGAAAAGAGAGGAGGAAAUGCAGUUGAUGCAGAGGAGUAAAGAAGCGGCUCAGUUUGAAGAGUGGGAAAGGCAAGAAGACCAGUUUCAUUUAGAACAGGCAAGGUUGAGGUCACACAUUCGAAUUCAGGACGGCAGAGCCAAACCUAUUGAUCUUCUGGCGAAAUAUAUUAGUGCUGAAGAGGAAGUGGAUGCAGUGGAAAUGCACGAGCCAUACACGUACUUAAAUGGUCUUCAAAUUAAAGAUUUGGAAGAUCUGGUGGAAGAUAUUAAAGUCUAUGAAGAAUUAGAAAGAGGAAAAAAUUUAGACUACUGGACUGAUAUUACAGUUAUUGUUGAAGAUGAGUUACAAAAACUUAGAAAGCUGGAAAAACAGAAUGAGUUUGAUAUGGGGAUUAGUAGAAGAGAAGGUAUCAAUCAAGCUGUCGCUGCCGACGUUACAAGUGUUUUUAAAGGGAAAACGUCGUCCCAAUUAGCCGCUCUACAAAAACAGAUUGAAAGUAAAAUAAAUGGAAAAGCAGACGGGAUUGAUAUUGGAUAUUGGGAGUCACUUUUAUCCCAACUUAAAGCUCAUAUGGCGAGGGCACGUCUGAGAGAUAGACACCAAGACAGUUUAAGGCGAAAAUUGCAAGUCCUCAAAGCCGAACAAGCGGUGACUACGCCAGCACCCGAAGAAAGCAAUGCAGCGGCCGAAUCACACCCCCCUAGUGACCCUGAACCAAAGCCUGGGCCUUCAAAUGAAGAGGAACAAACCAGUGAUAAUGACAAGAGCGCCGAAGACCACGCCACUGAUAUUCUCAACGAAUUCUUCGACGCGUACGAAGCCGGCGGCUACAGCCCCAAGUUCCUCUCCCCCGAGGACAUAGAACCCGGCACCAUCGUCGUAACCGAAGAAGACGACCACAAGCGGCUGGAGUUCGCCCGAAUGCACGUCUCCGGCAGCGGCAAGAAGGUCGAAACCGUGAUGACCAAGGAGGAAAUUCUCCUGCAACGUGAGGCUCGCAAAGGAAUGGCGGACGACGAGGCGCAGUUUUCGGUGGAGGCCGCGCUCGAUAAUCAGGUCUAUUUGUGGUCGGAUAAGUACAGGCCGAGGAAGCCGAGGUACUUCAACAGGGUGCACACGGGCUUCGAGUGGAACAAGUAUAACCAGACUCACUACGAUAUGGACAAUCCGCCGCCGAAAAUCGUGCAGGGGUACAAGUUUAAUAUUUUUUAUCCGGAUUUGAUUGACAAGAAUAGCACGCCGGAGUACUUUUUGACCUGGCCCCCGAAGCGCGAGGGCAAGCCCGAGGACCGGCCCCUCACCGCCACCCUCGACAAGCCCACGGUGCUCAACAUCAGCCUCAUCGGCAUCAUCGACAUGAGCACGAUGCGCAAAGAAUUCCUCAACAUCUCCAACCUGUGCAAGUUCCCGCUCUCGUUGGCGAUUAGCAGUAGGAAGAAAACGGCUGUGAUCAACCGCCCGCUGAGCCUUCCGUCUCCGGAGAAGCACAAAGGAAGGAAGAGCAAGAACAGGACGGAGAGCGAGGACGAGGAGAGCUGCGUGAGCGUGCAGAGCGCGAAGAUGAAGGGGAUGAAGAGCACGAAGGCGAAGAAGGUGGAGCCGCUGGCGAAGAAGAAGAGUCUGAGCGACGCGAAUAAUAAUAAUAAGACGUUCAAAAUCCCACGCAAGCGUGCGGGGAAUGUUGUUAAGGUGUUGGAGGGUAAUAAGAGUGAGUUGGGGAAAUCGACCAAACUACCGGAACCGUGCAAGACUUGCGGUAGGCCGGAUCAGCCCGAGAGGUUCCAUAGUCAUCCUGCGACGCCGUUGAAGGUGGCCAAAAAGCCGGAGGAACCGCCGAAAAUGAAGAGCACCGUCCAGAAGCCCGUCGCCAUGAAAUACAAGUCGAAGCAAAACGUCGAAAAGAAGACGCCGCCGCCCCCGCCCUCCCAGAGAAAGCCCUCUUUACCAGCACAGAAAAUCGUCCACAGUCCGCCCAACGUUGGCACCGCCGCCGAAGUCCAAAGCACCACCCCCAGGGUAAAGUCGGCCAAACGGACCCUCACCUGCUACAUCUGCGGCAGGGAAUUCGGGACCGCCUCGCUGCAUUUACACGAGCCGAAGUGCCUCCAGAAAUGGGAAAGAGAGAACGCGAGCUUGCCGCAGCACCUGCAGAGGAAGCCCCCGGUGAAGCCCGACCACGACCUGACCCCAGAAGAAUGGAACAAAUUCGCCUGGGAGUCUUCGCAGGCCACCCUCACCCCGUGCCCCAACUGCGGCCGCACCUUCUACCCCGACCGCCUCCUGGUGCACCAGAGAAGCUGCAAACCCCCCCAAGACGCCUCAAAAUCCUCCGUAGACAAAUCGGUACCUUCUUCACCCAUGGGUCCUCCGAACGUGGAAUGCUACAUCUGUGGUAAGAUGUUCACUGCGCAUUCCCUCAAAAUCCACGAGAAGCAGUGUCUGAAGAAGUGGCACGCAGAGAACGACUGUCUCCCCCCGGAUAUCCGUGGCCCAGAACCUGUUCGGAAGGACCCAGCCAAGGUACGACCGGAGCGGGAAUCCACUUCGUCCAAAGGUGGUACCCAAGAUCGUCCCUCGUCGGGAAAAAAAUCCCCCAUGUUCCCUUGUUACAUCUGCGGUCGCUUGUUCACCGUGAACUCAAUCUACAUCCACGAACCUCAAUGUCUGAAGAUGUGGAAGAUCGAGAAUGACAAGUUGCCCCCGAAUAAGCGACGUCCGCAGCCCCUCAAGCCCGACAUUAAGUUUACACCAACUGGUGACGUAGACUUCGUGGGCACUUUCCACAGAAUAUGGGACAAUCAUUUGGCGGAACUUCAAGAAUGCAGAAAGUGCGGCCGCAAAUUUUUCCCAGACCGGAUAGAAACCCAUGAAAAAGCCUGUGUGGGUCUCCGCAUCGAACUUAAGAAUAAACCUACAAAAUAGUCGUAUUUAUACAAAAAUGUAAUUAAUAAUUAAAAAUAAACAUACAGAACCCAGAGUA